AUGAGCUCAAUAAUCGAAACCAUUGUGAUCCCUCCAUCGUCCCCAGAGCAGAACUGGGCUCGAUCUGUAUCGCCAUGCACGCCGGCACGUCUUUUUGGGCUUCCUCCUCUGAGCUCAUCUCCGCCUCCGCUAGUAUCGCCCUCUAAAUUGUUCGAGGAGAUUAGGGUUGGAACACAGAAUGACUCGAAAUCGCCGCUUGUUCCCGUCGCAAGGAGAGCAACAGCCUCGAUAGUCACUGCGGAGACACCGGUGGUAAGCGAACAUUUUACAAAGACUGGACGACUUGGAAGUUCGAAUGCAAAGACGGUCCGAAAUAGGAAGAGCUCUACGUCGCAGGGACCGCAGAACAAAAUACUUACAGGCCGAGUCGCAAAAGCUACUACAUCCUCGAAAGCAAAAGGCAAGAAUGAGGGUGAAAAACUUGCAAAAGAGGCAGAAGCUAAGAAAGUCGCGGAUUCGGAGGGGCUCAACUUAGAAGAAGCUUUGAAGAGGAGAUCAGACUGGACACCACCUAAAGCUUCAGCAGUGGUUUCACUGGAUGAGGAUAUCUCAGCUGGAAACAGUGGCGUGGAAGCCAAUUUUGGUGACGCUUUACGCAAUUAUCACUAUAGUCGCGAAAACAGUGUCUCGGAGGUAAUGCUACCAAGGAAGGAAGGCAACCCUACUAAGCGCCGGCGACUAGAGCUCGUUGAGUCUGAGAUUUUGCAAGAGCGAAAAUCCUUGAAACAAACACAAAACAAGGAUGCCGAGAAAACUCGCAAAACGAAGGCUAAGCCAAAGAAGCAGCCGAAAACUAUAACAGGUCGCAUGACUGCACUCUAUGAGCCCAUUGAUGAGCCAGAGGGACUAUUUGUGUUUGAUGAGGAAUCAGAAGGUGGCGAGGGCUUCAAGAAACCUGCCAAAUCAAAGAGGAAAACAACUGUAAAAGAGAAACAACCGGCAUAUCUUAUACUUUCACCGGAUGCUGCCACGAAGUCUCUUAACGACCAGAACUUCAUGUUUGGGACUUGCAGUCAAUUGGAAAGAGAUGACUCACCGACUUUCUUCGAAGAAACGCAAAAGGCUCUGCAGCUUUCGGAGAGUCUUGCUUUUGAGAAAACAACUUUGGAGACAAUAUCCGUGGGCCCUUCAACCACGAGAUUCGCCUCUCGAUACACUGGCAAAAAGAGUCAUUGGUCCGAGGCAGCUCGAGAUUUCCGCGGUGCUGUGGUUCAACCUGAGAUUAUAGACAUGACCGAUUCGCCCACUGUUGAUACUGCUCUCAGUCGACUGUCGGAGAUGAAUCGAGAAGCACCAAAAAUGGCAUCACUGAUUUCCGCUAAACCCGCCCCGGCGACUAAUCCCCUGAUCGAGAAGGAUAUCACACCGAGCAAUAAACCUGCAGUAGACGUACCGUCAACCGCUCUUAUGCCUAGGUCUCAAAGUGCUAGUCUUGACAACGUCGAGUCGAUGAUUAAGCCUUCUGCCACGAAACCUACAAGACAGGUGCCGGAUAUGCCCAACUAUAACGGCCAUACCGAUGAAGAGCUCAAGAAACUAAUCAAAUCUUACGGUUUAAAAGCUAUCAGAGGGCGCAAGAAGAUGAUUGAUGUGCUUGAGAAGUGCUGGCAGAGUAAGCAUGGCAAUGCAGCGGUUUUCACAAAGAAUGUGGAAACCUCUUCACUGACAGCAACGAGUACGACGGUGUCUGUCUCCACUACCAGACCUUCUGACACCCAGUUCAGCGAGAAGCUACCAGUCCGAAAGAAACAGACGAAAUCUUCCGAAGGAGAGUCCAAAACAAGUAAUCGAGCUGGAAAAAAGAAGAUCGCCGACAAACCAGCGGCACGCAAGGUUGAAACAGUCGCAGAGAAAGCUCUUUCACCGAAACGUACAUCGACCUAUAUAGCAGACGAGAUUGAAGACUCUGAAGAAGAGAUCAUACCCUCUCCAACCCGUAUGCGUAUACAACGACAGAAUAGUAGCCGUCAAACUACUCCUGCGAUCAGUUCCCUUCCGCUCAGCAACAAGACUAAACGUUCAUCGACGAAAACCAAGGCUUCGGCCUUUGACGAACCUACUAUUCUAGAGCUACAAUGUUCAAUCACAAAGGCCAUUCAUCUUCAGGCUCGACCUAAAAGAUUCUUGGGUAGCAGUUCACAUUCGCCACAACUUACGUGGCAUGAGAAGAUUCUACUUUAUGAACCCAUAAUACUAGAGGACUUUUCGGCGUGGCUGAACACUGAAGGGUUUGCUUCGGUGUGUGAAGACCGAGAAGUCGGCGUUGCGCUUGUUCGAACAUGGUGCGAGAGUCAAGGCAUUUGCUGCACAUUCCGGGCUUGA